AUGUUUUCCGUCACUCCUUGGAUAACCGCAAGCAUCUUUGCUGCCGCCAUUGUAUUUGGCAUUGCAGUUGUCAGGUACCUGGUUUCGACGCAACGUAGCAAAGACUACCCUCCAGGGCCGCCAACGCUGCUCGGCGUCGGCAAUCUUCACCAGAUACCCCUCAAACAACCCUUCAUCAAGUUCCACGAGUGGUCCAAGACGUACGGCGACAUCAUCGGACUGAAGGCCGGUCCAAGCAAUAUCGUCGUUCUUCACAACACUAAAUAUGUCCGGGAAUUGCUCGACAAGCGGGCUGCGAUCUACUCUGGCCGUCCCUACAGCUACAUCCCCGCGGAGCACGUUUUCUGCCAGCAUGGCGACAAGCACAUCCUGAACCUCCAGAAUGGGCCUUACCUCCGCCAGUGGCGUGCUGCCGUCGCCUACCUGGUCGGCCCGGUGGGGCUCAAACAGACGGUGCCCAUGCAAGAAGCGACCGCGGCGAACCUGGCGUACAAGCUGCUCGAUACCAACCCCUCCAAGACCCUCGAGCACCUCAAACACUGGGCCCUAGCCACGCCGCUCUUGGCAAUCAGCGGACAGCGCUUGGAAGACCGCGGUUCAGCAUUUGCGGACAGAUUCUUCUUGGCGCAGAAGCACUGGCUCCAGCUCCUGGAGCCGGGCAAUGCACCGCCUGUCGAUUUGUUCCCGUUGCUCCGCCUGGUCCCCGAGAGCUUUGCGGACUGGAAGGGCAAGGCGCGAUACGUGCGAGAGUACAUGUUUGAGGAGUACUUCCGCUACCUGAAUACGGCGAAGGGACUUCUCGGCAAGGGACGGCCGUCAAAAGGCUCAUCCUCAGAGUUUCGGUCGCUGAUGACCAAGAUUCUGGAAGACCGCGAGCAGGCGAAAGACGGAAAGGAAGGCGAACGGCAGUUCACCGACGAUGACGUUGCGUAUCUCGGCGGAGGUCUUCUGGAUGCUGCCGUCGACACGACCUGGGCGAGCAUCAUGGCCUUUGUGAUGUUCAUGGCCGCUUAUCCGAGGAUCCAGGCCAAAGUCCAAGAGGAAGUAGACAGGCUGAGCCCCGAGAAGCCUCCGACGGGCGACAUGGUUGACAACCUUGUCUACACUCGCGCGUGUUUGAUGGAGAUAUUCCGCUUCCGGCCGCCAGCACCCAACGGACUCCCUCAUGUCCUCGAUCGUGAUGACACAUUCCAGGGAUACAAAAUUCCCAAGGGGACCACGAUUCUGGCCAAUGUCUGGGGUAUUCAACGCAACCCAGACGAAUACGAUCGCCCGGAGGAGUUUGUUCCAGAGCGAUUCAUACAGCACCCUCUCGGCCUAAAACCCGGCGUUGCGGUGGCAGAGGGCCGCCGAGCAACCUACACCUUUGGCUCUGGCCGGAGGAUCUGCCCUGGCGAGCAGUUCGCGCAAAAGUCUAUCAUUCUCGCCAUGGGAAAGCUCAUGUGGGCUUUCGACAUCAAAGCCUCAAAGCCGCUCGACACCAGCGUCGAGACUGGAUUUCACACAGGACUUGUGCUGGGUCCAGAGCCAUUUGACGUCGAUUUUGGGCUACGGGAGAGUUCGAGAAAGGCACAAGUCAUCGAUGACUACACAAGCUCGAACGCGCAUCUCGACAGGAUCAUAGGCUAG